AUGGAUGUACAAGUUCCUUCAGGUCCUUGGAAACGUCUCUCCGAAGAAGACAAGAACAAAUUUAUCCGUUUGCGUCACUACUUCCAUCAAAUGCAGAAGACGGUAAAGGAUCAUUUCUAUUCCUCUUUUUCAACGGAGUUAGAGUAUGUAAUUGAAUUCACAGACUAUACUCCAGUAUCCAGAGAGGACAGAUGUGCAAUUGCAGGCCUUGCAAUCGCCGGACCAUUUAUAGCUGUGAACACGCGUCAAUUGAUGGCCUUUCUGGGGCGCUGCAAAUCAUCUAUAAACGGAAGCCUACAAAAUCUUGGAUACCAAUCAUUGCGUUCAAAAACAAAAUCACGAGAAUGCGUAUUAGCAAUUUUGCCAUCGUUUGAACAUGAUUCGAGUAUCCUCAGGCAAUGGACAGUCCGGCGUGUUACCGAUAGUGCAAGGAUCUGCUUUCUAAGUCGUUAUCCAACUGCUAGAUUACCAACAAUCACCGCAGCCGACUUGAUUGAAGAGAAGAAACCAAGAGCAGAGAAGACAUCACCGCAAAUGAUGCCUGUAGAAAAGCAGCCACAGUUCACCAGCCUUCCUAUUCAGUUACAACCUCAAGCACCAUCAAAUCAGAUGCCAGAAAUGUCGAAUUCGUACUCUGUUGAAUGCUUCACACAGGAUGCAGCAUUCCCAAUCGAACCAGAACCUUAUUUGAUAUCUCACUCGAAUUCAACAAUGUUUUUAGAUUCUUUCGACUGGUCAUGGGACCAAUAA